UUCUCACAGUAUUCUCGAAAAUGGCCGCCGCUGGUGGAUCAAUAGAAUGGUCUACCAAUGUGAAACCAAUUUUAACAGCACUUUAUGGACCCUUUUUCGAUAAAAACGAUGCAGUAGAAAUAAUACAAGCUAUUAUAAAAAGUGAAAAUGAAUUUCAGAAGCAUGAAGAAGCAUACGACUUGUUUUACACAUGUUUUGCUUGCCUCUCAGCUCAUUUUAUCAGCAUUAAUGCUAAUAACAUACCUCCAGAUCAGUUAAGCACAGCUCAAGAUGCUUUUCGCAUUAUCCUUCAACAAAUACUCAAGAAAUUGUCUGAAGCUGGGCAGAGCCAGGAAGAUACUUCUAAUACCCUGAGCCCCAAUGUGUCUGUCAAGCAGCUGCUAUUGCCAAUUGUGGCCUUGUGUGGUAUUGACAGCAAUGGUUAUCCCCCUUCGGAUCUUGUUAUUUUGCUUGCACUUCUAAAGACUGCUAAGCUACCACCUCAUGGAAACACAAAUGAAAAUCAAACAACAAAGUCUUCAAUAUCAAGCCCCAUAACAUCUCUCGCAUCAAACACGUCUACAUCAGAGAAGCAACCGCCAACAAAUGCUCAAAGACGAUCUGAUGCACUGCUAGAACGGCUGACCAUGCCACUUCGCAGUCAAGUAUCAAAUGUAAUGCCUUCGGUUCCAUCUGCCAUUGGAGUCAUGUCACCGGCAAGCAAAGACAGUAUCGAGAGUGCUAAGGAAGGAAAUGCUCAACUGUCUUCCAUUGAUAUAAAAAAGUGGGUGGCAUCCACGUGCGCGUCGCUUCUGAUGGAGCUGCGAGCGGGCUCCACAAUAUUGGCUAUCUGUUCAUCCCUGCCUUGCCUCCAGCGAUACUUGAACCGCUGGCAAACUGCCAAGGAAUCCGAUUCGGCCCCGACAUUUCAUUCGGAUGCCGCACUGCUGUACUUCCUGGUGAACGAGGUGGAGGUGUGUCGCCUAGCGCUGUCCCUGCCUUGCCUGGAGCCCUUCAGCCCGGAGCGAAUCGUCACUCUCAGUGACGUCAGCGCCUCUUGGCUCCUCUGCGCUACCGCACAGGCCACCCUCCACCAAAAGGACGAAGAGAGUGAAGCGCAGACGGCGACGAUCGUGGAGACCGCGCUCAACCUCUACAGCACCGUGGGAGACAUCUUCAAGCAGUCCACGCGCGCCGGAGGAUACGUGUACCAAAACCACUUGAUGAUCGGGGCGUGGGUGCUCGUCUGCGGUCUGCAUCACGCGCUAGGAGGCGCGCCGGGACCCACCCCGCCGGGCAAGAGUCCCGCCAAAACGCCCCUCAGACCCUACAAUUUGACCAAAAUGCAGCAGAGCCUGGGCGUGGUGUGGGUGGCGCUGGGCGGACGCUGCCUGUCGUGGCUCAGCGCCCUGCUGGCCGACGCUCGCCUCGAGGCGCUCAGCUCGGGCUCGGACUCCGCGAGCGGCCCGGCCUCGCUUCACAUCUCGACUCUUCACUCGGCGCACCAGAGGGAGCUGAGGCUGGCCCUCGCCGCUCCUCUGCACCAGUUGUUGGUGACCCUCGGCGUAGUGUGCUACCGCAAGGCGACGAACCUCAAGCGCGCCGUGGUGCCGAAGGACCAGGACGCCGAAGCCGACCGCUCCGAGGGCGCCGCCUUCUUCCGGGACAUGCGCCUGUGCUCGGAGGACUCCGAGACCGACGACGAUGACAGCGAACCUCUGUUCGGCCUCUGGUUCGAGUCGACGCUGGUGGCGCCCGACGCCGACGACGACGGGCUGACCCGCCUCGGCGCCGCCGAAGUCACUGACGCGGCGCCCGACUCGACCGAGCGGGGAAUCGUGCCCGACAAGGCCGAACCUUACUCGUACAUAUCGCUCGCGACCGAUGUGUUCACCCUCCUGACCGACGAGAUGAUCGGCGGCGGCUUCGAGCGCCUCGGUCGCUACGCUCUCCAGCUGCACGAGGCCCACCACGCCCUGUUGGCAGCGCUGGCUCGAGACCUGGACAGGGAGAGCGCCAGGACCGACACGGGAACGAUUUCGCCGUGUUUCGGCGCCCGUCUGGGCGCUCUCUACUCGUCGUUCAGUUCGGCGCUGGUGCGAUAUCUCCACACGCUGAGCGGCUCCCCGGCCUUCGCCGCUUUGAGGCCUUCGCUGCAGCAGCAACUCGCGUCCGCGGAGCGACCCAACACCGUUCCUUUACAGGUCGGGCCGCGCGUGGUGAAGCUGCUCGGCGGCAUGGUGCUGAGCAAGCCGGCUUCGGAGAGAGAGAACAGUAUCCUGGUGAUGUGGCACAACCUCAUCAAUACCCUGCAAGAGUACGCCUUGCAGCCGCUGCCCUCGCAGGACCACGACUACGAAGAUCUCAACGUCGAACACGCUCAGCUUAUGGUGUACUUGUUUCACUCGUUGACGCUGAUGCAGAAGAAGUCCGUUCUGCUCUCCACCGCCAACGCCAUCAUUAAGGUGGUGGAAACGCUGGGCAUAAACGAAAGACAGCGCGCGACGAACCUGGCUCCGCAUCGGCUUACACUCUCGACCAGACUGAUGCUGCUUCUGGAGUACCUCAUGAAACAUUUAUACGACGCCCCACAGACGCUGCUGCAGCAGAUCGAGUGGAACCUCGUAGUGGCCACGGGCCUGGCCCGGCCGUCGGCGGAGACCACUCUUGGCGAAGUCGGAACCGGCUCCGACGCCGGCCCGCCGAAGACGCGGAUUUACUGCGAAGUGCCCUUCGUCGAGCAGACCUACCGGAGGCUGUCCCAGGACGAGACCUCGAUGAGACCCAAGUUCUACGCGCUGACCGACACCAAAGUCAACAACCAGGAGAAUCCCAAGUUCGACGGCCUGGCCUGCAACUUCGUGCUCGGCACUCCGCACAAGUUAAAGUAUCCGGUGCUGGUGGACGCCCUCCUGGCCCUGCUCAACUGCGCCUGCGUCUGCGACGGUCGGGGCGAUCGCACCGCAGUGGCCGCUCGCGCCGCGGCGCACUACUGCUUCCAGACCGCUUGGAGGCUCGUGACGAGCAUGCCCCCGGCCACUCCGCACGUGGACAAACUGCAGGCCGGGACGGCGGCCGACCUGCCUUCGCCUCUGCCGCUGUACGCCCUGGUGUGGGCUCCCCGCGCCGACGCCAAGAAGGCGUUCAACCCCUGGCUCAAGGAUGCGCUCGUCAAACAGGGCAUGUACACGCAGUACGCCGAAAACCUUCUGGCCGGAGUAAGCUCGUCCUGCGAUAACAUCAAAUACUCGGCCUGGCUGGCCUCGGAGACCAUUAAGCACCUGAAAGAGAACCUCCGAGACGGACUCCCGGCUCUCCUCGACGUGAUAUCUUGCGACGCGGCGUUGAUGCGCCUCAACGUGUGCCUGGCGGAAACUUCCUCCGCGGCCGAGGCCCACCCCUUCGUGCCGCAUCUGCUGAGACUGCUGGAGACCGUCCUGGCGUGUUGCAGGUCGAGCGCGAGCCUGGAGGCGGGCGGGUCCGCGGGGGCGGCGACGGAGGUGUUGCUGAGCGUGUGCGGCGGCGGACCGAGCGCGGGCGCCGCCUCCCCGCCCCGACUGGGGCCGGCGCUGAAGGCGCUGCUGCCGAGCGACGUGGCUGCGCUGCUCGACUCCCGCUCGGCGGAUCCGGUGAGCCUGGCGCUCUUCUACUCGCGAUCCGAACGCCUCCUCCGGGUGGCGCCUCGCACGCGCUUUACGACCGCCGUCGUUUCGCAGGCUUCGUCGGUCGCGCCGUCCGAGGGCGCCGUGCUCGAGCUGGUGUCCGCGCACUGCGAGCUGAUGAGCGACAGGCCCGCGUACGGCGUCGGGCCCUCUCUGACGAUGCUGGCUCGCUCGGCCGCCAAACUCCUGGAGGUCGGCGCGGCCGAGAUCGCCGAUAGCCUCGAGCUGACGAGGAGGACGCUGGCGCUCAUUGUCCCCGCUCUGACCGACGGACGCCUCGAGUUCCUGGCGGAGCCGUUGACGGCCACUCUGAACUCGAUCGUGCCGCAGGCCGUGAAGGCGGAGGAGAUCAUACACGAGCACAUCCUGCGGACCACGUACCCGGCGCUGUGCGACUACGACGCCUCCGCGGAGGGGAUGCUCGUGCACAUCGUGAAGUAUUGGGAGAAGAUACUGGAUCGUCAGGCCGGUCGCGCCGCCUACGAGGCGGUCUUCGUCGAAGGGGACGGCGAGUUCGUGCUCGGGAGAAUCCUUCUGUCGGCGCCCAACACCAGCAAUCCUUUCACCGAUCGCGUCGUCAAGCUGUUCAUUAAGAUAUUUGCGGGCUGCGAAACGGAAGACGUGAGCCAAAGUCUGUGCGUCGGCGUGUGCAAGUUCAUCGGCGUCGCCGACCGACAGAGCUUGUUCGACCUUCUCGGCCACAUCUGCAUUUACGGACCGUCUCUCGCGACGGUCGGCACCGCGAACGGCAGUCCCACGGAGACGGAACUCCCGACUCCGACGUGCUCAGCGCCCGAAGGCCAUCCCGCCUCGCUCGCCUUGCGCAACGCCAUCCGCUGCGUGCUCUUCCGCACCGACGGCGAUGCCGCCCCGCGCCCGGACGCUCGCAACGAUCGGGACCUGCCAGUCUUCGACAAUCCUGUCGCGGCGACUCCGGCUCCGGGGGCUCAAUCGGAGACGAACGCCCAACAAUCCGGAAAUUCAGAGACGUGCAGCUGGUCGGACUGCAGCAAAGACAGCGCGGGGGCCACCGGUGCGGGCGUGGGGGAGUCCCGCGCCGAAGCAAGUUCGCCCGUGGGUGAGGGCACCCAUGCCGCCCUUCUCACGGCUCUCUGCAAACACGUCGUCUUGCACUGCGAAGAGGAAGCGAGCGAGCGGAUGCUGGUGACCCUGAUCGAAGUGAGCGGCGAAGGCUGUCCUCCUCCACUGCUUCGAGAAAUGUGCCGCCUCGCGGACUCGCACUCGGGCACGCUGCACGAGCUACUCUUUCCGGCCGCGCUGGCGUGGCUGUCCUCCUGCGUCGAAAGUCUCAGCAGCCCCGAGGUGCUGGAGAAGUUAGAGGAGGGCACGAUCGACAACGACAAGACGUCGCCGCAGAUAGAGUCCGCGUGUACGCUGCUGUCGUACUUGGGAGACGCCUUGCACGCUAUCGGCGCUCCGCCCUCGCACGCGUGGCGAUCGGUCAGCCCGACGUGGGAAUCUCCUUCCGACCUCGGCUUUGACUUGGACUACGCCGACGAACAGCAAGACGACGACGAUACGAGCGCCGACGAUUCCGACGAGGACGCGGUGCUGACCAACAAGCUGUGUACCUUCACGAUAACGCAACGCGAGUUCAUGAACCAGCACUGGUACCACUGCCACACGUGCAAGAUGGUGGACGGCGUCGGAGUAUGCACGGUCUGCGCGAGGGUGUGCCACCGCGGUCACGACAUCUCCUACGCCAAGUUCGGAAACUUCUUCUGCGACUGCGGAGCCAAGCCGGACUUCAGCUGCCAAGCCUUGGUGAAGCGCGAGAAGUCUUCGGGCGGCGGCCGCACCGCCGAAGAGGCGCCACCGGCGCCGUCCCUGCGUCGUCGCCCCUCCAGCCCCACGCCCGCCGCCCUGCUGGCCCCACCCAGGAGGCCUGUGCUGGCUCAUAACAUUCAGGGUUGCCGGAGCUUCCUGGCGAGCUACGGGAAGUGGGAGUGGUGCCUCGAGCGCGUGCGCACGCUGCUUUGCGCGCUGGCGGGCCCCGUGCGCGCCGCGUGCGAGCGGACGGCCGCGGUCGGAGCGCACGGCCGAGCGCAGAGGGCGCUGGCGCAACUCCAUCUGGGCGAGAAGAAGUUCUCGCACACGGACUCGCUCAUGCUGCCAACCCUAGGUUCUCAAGAAGGCGCGUUCGAAAACGUGCGAAUGUCGUACACGGGAGAGAACGGCCAGACCAUCAGACAGUUGAUAUCGGCUCACAAGCUGCGUCGCGUGGCCAUGUGCUGCUUGGCUUCGCCGCAGGGCCGAAGGCAACACCUCGCCGUCUCGCACGAGAAAGGCAAAAUAACGGUACUCCAGCUGUCGGCCCUUCUCAAACAAGCGGACUCGUCGAAGCACAGGCUGACCUUGACCCGGCUGUCUUCAGCCCCGAUCCCGUUCACCGUGCUCAGCCUAAGCGGGAACGCGGCCAACGAAGACCUCUUGGCCGUGUGCGGACUCAAAGAGUGCCACGUGCUUACCUUCAACUCUGGCGGAGCCGUGGCGGAUCAUCUGGUGUUGACGACCGACCUGGAGGCGAACAACUACAUAAUUAAAGCCAUCUGGCUGCCGGGCUCCCAGACGCAGCUCGCGCUCGUCACGUCGAACUUCGUCAAGAUAUUCGAUCUCAGCAAGGACCUCGACAGUCCCUCGCAUUACUUCCUCGUGCCCAGCGGAAAGGUCCGCGACGUGACGUUCGUGAACCAAGAGGGAGUGAUGAACAUGCUCUGCAUGAGCUCGGCCGGUCACAUCUACUGGCAGCCGCUGAGCGAGGAGUCUCGGGCAACCCUCGGCACCUUCUACGUCACCAACACCUUGGAAGUGUUGCACCCGGAGAUACAGGACGUCGCGGGAUUGGUAGGCGGAGGUGGAGUUUCGAUCUACUACUCGCACACUCUGAAGAUGCUCUUCUUCUCGUACGCUCAGGGAAAGAGCUUUCUCGCCCCGCUCAACUCGGUCGAAGAGAGCGUCAAAGGCACCGCCAUGAUCACGGUGUACGGCGGAGGCGGUGGCCCCAAGGAGGGCGGCCGCGGCAAGGGCGGCGCCCAGUCUCUGCUGCAGUGGGCCGAAGUGCCCGGACACCCGGGCCUGCUCACGGCUCUGAUGCAGGCCUCCAACAACCCCGUCGUGCUCAUGCUCACGCCGUCCGGCAUUCACGUGCAAGAGAUCAAGGUCGUUCCGGCCAAGGCGAAGAUUACCGACAUGGUGGCCGUGCGCCACUGGUGUGGCCCCGGCGAGCAGAAGAGCACGCUGAUCCUGCUGUGCGAGGACGGCAGUCUGCGCAUGUACGCCGCCGACCCCGCCCGGACGGGCUUCUGGCUCUCAGGUGCCGUGCAGCCCGUGCACGCGCCGCGCAGGCGCGCCCGUCCCGCGAGGCCCUCGCACGCGCACGCCGUCCCCCGAAAGCAGCACCAGCCGACGCCGAAGACGAGCGACGGCGCUCCCCAGUUCCCGAUAGACUUCUUCGAGCACUGUCAUGAGAUGAGGGACGCCGAGUUCGGCGGCAACGACCUCCUGCAGGUGUACAACACGGCGCAGAUCAAGCAUCGGCUAAACACCACCGGCCUCUACGUCGUGUCGACCAAGAUGAGCGGUUUCACAAUGGAAGUCACCAACUCCGACCCCAACUCGGUCGUGUGCGGAAUUCGAGUCCUGCUCGGCAGCCAGGACGUCGCCAGGACGCCUACAUACAUCGAAAUAUACGGAAGGGCAGUCCCGACUAUGGUGGUUCGCAAUCGAUGGUUCGACGUUCCUCUCUCGAGAGAAGAGUCGCUGCAAUCCGACAAAAAACUCUGCAUCGUCUUCGGUCCCUCGCAAGAUCCGGACGGCGUCACCAUGGUGGAUUCCGUCAAGAUCUACGGAAAGAACAAGGAGCAAUUCGGUUGGCCGGAGGAGAACGAGGACCCGGCCGCCUGUCCGUCUUCCGGCAGAGUUCCUCAGGAAACCGAGGGCGCGGCGGGCAGCGCCGACGGGCCCGGCGCCGUGGAGCGUCUGGCAUGCUCGGCUCUCGAGGCGCUGGAGCUGAGCGCCGGCACGGCCGUCCGACCGGCAGUCGCCGCCGGGGCCGACGCGGCCGCGGACGCCGCCGAGGGCCUGCUGUGUGUGCCCGCUUCGCCGGCGCUGCACGCGAGAGCCCAGUGCCUCCUGCGCGCCGUCUACCAGGGCGACUAUCAUCAGCGCAAGGACCGGGCCGUGCUGCGGUACGUGUGCGCCUCCCUCCGAGAGCUGCGCGACGCGACGGACGCUCGCAACGUGGACCCCGAGGCGUACUUCCGCCUGGUGCUCCUCGCCCGCUCUGUGGCCGUCGCGCGUCCGCACAACCUGGUUCGAUUCACGGCGCCAACGCCCGAGAAGCCCGCCGACGGCGACUGGUCCGCCCUGUGGAAGGGAGACGGGUCGGGCGACGAGCCGCACGCGUGCGUUCUGCUCGCGAGCGUGCUCUGGAAGUUGGCGGCCUGCAAGAGCCAGGCGCGAGGCCCUCCCGGCAUUCUGUCUUACGGCUUGAGGCACGCUGAGCACACGUUGCACGCCCUGGCCGACAUAAUUCACGCGUUCCAACUUAACUCCGACCCGGAAUGUGUCGAAUUCGGAAAUCAAAUCUAUCUGUCGCUCCUCCUCGCCGAAGACCAGAACAUCAGCUUCGGCGCGAAGGCGGCUCUCGUGCGAGUGCUGCGACCUCGGGUGAAGAGGCGACGCGUCUACAUUCCGUCUCCACCGAACACACCCGGAGCCGGCUCGUCGACGAACGCGGCUCGCGCGAGCGGCUCGGCGUCCGAGGUCGCGGCUUCGGAGCCCGAACUCGGCGCUCGGCGGGAACCUCGAUACGUGGACGUCGACGACUCGCUCGAACCGAUGGUGCUGCUGGCGCCCGACGGAGGUCUCGAGGCGCUGCUGGACAUUCCGGCCGACGCGGACGACGAGACAAUGGUGGAGCUGGCCAUCGCGCUGUCGCUGCAGGAGCAGGAACAGCCACGGAGACAGCAGCCGCACACGCCAACGGCGCCGCCGCCGCCCGCGCCCGGCUUCAGCGACGCCAACGCCUCGCCCAACGGCUCGGACGACGAAGGCAGCACGGCGGCGACGGACGGCAGCACCCUGCGGACGUCGCCGGCCGAGGCCGCUGGGUCGGCCGGCGAGGAGAGCGGGGGUUCCGGCGCCGACAGCAUCGGCGGAGUGUCCGGCCGCAGCAGCGUCUAUGCUGGGCCUUCGACUUCGUCGUCGCAGCCGGUGGCGUCCACGUCCCGUGGCCUCGAGGCGGAGAGCGAGACGCGCAAGCUGCACGCGCUGCGCCUGUCUCUGCUGUCCGCAGCGCUGGACGCUCUGCCGACCCUCAGGAACUUACCGGGAGUCAGAGCCAUUCCGUUCGUGCAAGUGGUGCUGAUGCUAGCCGGCGACUUGGAUUCGAGCGUCGAAGGGGACAGAGCGCUCCUGGAUCUCCUGCUGGAGGUUCUGAUCGGCGAGUUGGACAUUCAGAGCGAGGAGCCCUCCGGCGAAGAUCGUGACGCGAGACGUGACUUCCAGUUGGCCAUCGCGAGGUUGGAGACUCUGGUCUCAGAACCGGAGUCCGCGGACGAAAGCGUCCCGCCCAUCUACGAGAGGACUAAUCGCAGAGAGCUGCAGCUCGUCAUCAUGAGACUGCUGAGCGUGCUCAUGAGCCGGUGGAAGACGUGCGGGUCCCGGGAGCACGCGCCUAGCGCGUCGUGCGCUGCCCACGUGUCGCGAUUGGCCGCGGCCGCCUUCGUGCGCGCCGGCGCCCCUGGCCACUGCUACGGCGUGCUGGCUGCGCUGCUUCCCUAUUGGCGGCAGAAGAACAACAGCAACGCGGCCGCCUCGACUCCGACGCGACAGCUUCUCAAACCUCAACCGCCGCAGCCGCUGCCCGACAUGCAGCCGUUCUUCGUCAAGGAGUAUGUCAAGAGUCACGUGCUGGACGUAUUCGAUAACUACCCGCAGCUUUUGAUGGAAAUGGCUGUUCGCCUUCCGUACCAGAUCCACAAGCACUGUGAUCCGUCGCAUUUUGAUUCUCGCUGGCGCACUCUUCUCUGCGAGUACAUGAUGAAUCCUCAGACGCCGCUCAGGAAACAAGUCCGCAAGCUCCUGCUGCUCCUGUGCGACACUCGAGAACGCUAUCGUCAGAUUCGCGACGUGCACGCGCUCGACACACACCUGAACGCCGCGCGGGCGCUGCUCGCCACGGAUCCCGCCUACGACAAGCUCGUGCGGCUCAUGGAGCAUCUCAAGGCGUGCGUGGAGAUUGUGACCCCUCGCACGGGCAAUUGGCAGCACGCGUGCCGCUCGGAGCGGCGCGAGACCUUGCCGUGGCUGCUGGGCGCGGCAAGGCGCCUGCACCCGCACGUGGCGCCCACCGUUCUGCAGCUGCUGCAGGCGGCGCUGUGCCCGCCCGGCGCUCAGCCCGCGCACGCCGCCCAACCGAACCAGGCCGGCGCCAAAGAUGCCAAGGCGCAGCCCGAGUGGCCAAAACGCGAGCGCAGCGCCGACAGCGACGGCUACGUGUCGGACGCCUCCAAGUUUCAAGAGCAGAGAGUGCCCGACCUCGUGGCCCAGAUACACAAACAGGUGUCUCAGGAAGAACUGAAACUUUUCGUGAAGGCCUUCCUUCUGGAGACCAAUUCGACUGCGGUUCGUUGGCAAGCGCACGCCUUGCUGUUGGCCAUUUACAACAACUCGUCUCCGAAUAAACAAGCAUCUCUGGUCACGCUGCUUUGGAGUCUGUGGCCCACGCUGCCGCAGUACGGACGCAAGGCGGCGCAAUUCGUCGACCUGCUCGGCUACUUCACGCUCAAGACCUCCAAGGUGGACGGCUCGGAGUACAUCGGCAGCGCGGUGGACCUCCUGCGCAACCAGAACCGUCUGUUGACGUCCCACGGGAACUCGGCUCUGUACGCGUCUCUGGGAGCGUACGUGGAGCUCGAGGGAUACUACCUGGAGUCGGAGCCCUGUCUCGUGUGCAACAACCCGGAAGUGCCCAUGGCCACCAUCAAGCUGCCCACUAUAAAGAUCGACUCCAAGUUCACAACCACGACGCAGAUCGUGAAGCUCGUGAGCAGCCACACGAUCAGCCGCAUCAGCCUGCGCGUCGGAGACAUCAAGCGGAGCAAGAUGGUGCGCGGCAUCAACUUCUACUACAACAACCGCACCGUGCAGGCCGUGCAAGAGCUCAAGAACAAACCCGGCAUGUGGCACAAGGCCAAGCGCGUCCAGCUGCAAUCCGGACAGACCGAAGUGCGGGUGGACUUCCCGCUGCCGAUAGUCGCCUGUAACCUCAUGAUGGAGUACGCCGACUUCUACGAGAACCAGCAGGCCACCGGAGAAUCUCUUCAGUGUCCUCGCUGCUCGCAGUCGGUGCCUGCCAAUCCCGGGGUGUGCGCCAAUUGCGGCGAAAACGUCUUCCAGUGUCACAAGUGCCGGGCAAUUAACUAUGACGAGAAGGAUCCGUUCCUGUGUCACGCGUGCGGCUUCUGCAAGUACGCCAAGUUCGAUUACACUCUGAUCGCGAGACCUUGCUGCGUCGUCGAUUCCAUCGAGAACGACGAGGAGCGGAAGAAGACCGUGCAAACAAUAGGCACUCUGUUGGACAAGGCCGACCGCGUCUACCGCCAGCUGAUCGCCAACAAGCCCCACUUGGAGUCGCUCGUGCACAAGAUAAGCGAGCACCGCGUGGACGGUCGACCGGACGAGAACAGCAACACGGCGACCGCGACCUUAGGAGGGGGUCAGGUCAACCGCGUCAUUCAGGCCCUCGCCCACAAGUACUGCGUCGAGAGCAAGGGGCACUUCGAGGACCUCUCCAAGAUCAUCCAGAAGGUGCUGGCCUGCAGGAAGGAAUUGGUUGCGUACGACAAAGCUCAGAGCGAACGACAAAACGGCGAGGCGUCGCCCGCGUACUCCGUCCUCGCGCAGAACUACGACGGCGAUCUCGCCAAGGAGAGCGGCGGCUCGUGCUACGGGUGCUCGCUGUGCACGGCGGAGCACUGUCUGACCCUGCUGCGGGCCCUGGCGUCGCAGCCGGACAAGAGAGCGGCCCUGUGCGGCGCCGGCCUCGUGCACGAGCUCGUGCAUCACAAUCUGCAUCGCGGCACGCCGCAGAGCCAGGAAGAGGUGCGCGCCUUGAUCUGCCUGGUGACGCGUGACAACUUGGCGGCGACGGAACGCCUGUGCACUUUGCUGACGCAGCGCAUCACUCUGUCGCUCGUGGGGCACGCCGCCUCGCAGGACCACAACAACUCCGUGCGGCCCCUGGUUCUACUCCUGGGAUCGCUGGUCAAAGUACAGGACUCGAUCGAAUGUUGGGAGGUGAGGCUCCGCUGCGUCGUGAAGCUGUGGGUCUGGUGCUGCCCGAAAGUGAGCGAAGUGGCCGGGAUCCCGCCGGCCGCCCACUACAUCCUCAAGGACGAAGCUUUGGCCGACAUGCCCGGCAUCAACACCUGCUCGCCCAACUCUCACCAAUUCGCCCUCCAACAAGUGGCCCUGCCUUGCCUGCGCUACAUGCAAGAGCUGAUGGCUCCGCUCGCUGCCUCGCCGUCCCCCGCCCCGUCCGCCCUCUCCGCCGCGGCCUCCGCGACGGACGACCGAGUCGAGGAAGUCAAGGAGGGAGACGAGCCGCCGAAUCGAACGGGCGACCUCGUCGUCGACCUGGCGGCGUGGCUGGCCGGCCGAGUAUCGCAGAAAGAGUGGCGCAGCCUGGCCGCGCCGGAAGCCUCGCCGCCCGCCGACUGCGAGUUGCCGUCGAGAGACCUGCGCCUGGCCCGCGAGUGCGUCGGCCGGUGGAGGCGCCGGGUGCUGCUCGGCCGCGGCAUGCGGCGCGUCAGCUUGUCCGACGGCAGCUGGCUGCGGCCCGUCAUGUUCGACCCCAGCUCACGCAUCGCGAGAGACACGGCCUGCCGGGUCGUCGCUUCGCUCUGCGACUCCUACGAGCGGACCAAGGCGGUGCUGAUACUGCUGACGAGCUUCCUGCCCGAGGUGGGCGCUGCGGGGGAGGCGAGCGAGCAGUUCCUUCAGCUGUAUCAGCGUCUAGCCGCGAAGAGCCCGUGGAAGCAGUUCCUGGCGCUGCGGGGCGUGCUGCAGCAGAUAGCGGAUCUCAUGACUGACGAGAUCGAGCAGCUGCACCGCCUCGAAGAGACCACGCUCACCUCGGACCUCGCUCAAGGAUACGCUCUUCAGCGUCUCACGGAGUUGUUGGCGAUGUUCCUGGAGGAGCCGGGGGCUCGGAGGGCGUACAAAGGCCGGCUGGUGGGAGCGGUUCUCGGGGGCUACCUCUCUCUGCGUAGGCUGGUAGUGCAGAGGACGCGCCUCACCGACGACACGCAGGAGAAGCUGUUGGAGCUGCUCGAGGAGAUGACCACUGGCACCGAAGCGGAGACGGCCGAGUUCAUGGCGGUGUGCAUAGAGACCGUGCAGAAGUACCCGCUGCACGAUUACCGCACUCCGGUGUUCAUCUUCGAACGGCUCUGCUCCAUCAUCUACCCGGAAGAAAACGACGUCGGCGAAUUCUUCCUCACUCUGGAGAAAGAUCCGCAGCAGGAGGACUUCUUGCAGGGCCGCAUGUUGGGCAACCCGUAUUCGUCAGGAGAGCCGGGCAUGGGGCCUCUGAUGCGUGAUGUCAAAAACAAAAUCUGCACGGACUGCGAGCUCGUGGCUCUGCUCGAAGACGACAACGGCAUGGAGUUGCUCGUCUGCAAUAAGAUCAUGUCCCUGGACUUGCCCGUGAAGGAUGUCUACAAGAAGGUGUGGUGCACGUCGGGAGAGAGUCUGGACGCGAUGCGCGUCGUUUACCGUAUGAGAGGACUUCUUGGAGACGCCACCGAAGAGUUCGUGGAGACGCUCAGCCAGACCAACGCCGAAGCCGUCGACGACGAACAGACGUACCGCAUGGCCAACGUGCUGGCGGACUGCGGCGGCCUGGAGGCGAUGCUGCGUCGCUUGGCGGCGAUUCAGCGAGUGGGCGGUGCGCGGGCCCUCGUGUCCACGCUGCUGCGCCUGCUGAGCCUCUGCGUGCGCGUGCGCCGCUGCGUACGCGUGUUGACGAGCACGGACACGCGCGCCCUGCCCGUCCUCUUGCACGCGCUCACGCUCGCCGCUGCCGAGGAGAAGGACAUGCCUAGGGCCGAGCUCGUGCAUCAACUGCUCGAGAUAAUGGAGCGCAUACUCACCGUGGCGGCCAGCGAGAGCUUGGAGUCGUUCCUGCAAUUCUCGCUGACGUUCGGUGGACCGGAACACGUGCAGGCCCUGCUCAACUGUACCGAACUGACAGCCAUCCGCAACAAUUCCGUGUCUCUCGGCCACCUGAUGCGCGUUCUGGCCGCGUUGGUGUACGGCAACGACCUGAAGAUGGCGAUGCUGGUGGAGCAUUUCAAGCCGGCGCUGGAGUUCGAGCGCCUCGACGCCGAGCAGUGGGGCGAGCGCGAGUUCCGCAUCGAGCUGUUCUGCGCGCUCUGCGCCAACGUCGAGAGAAACAGCGUCGGAGGCACGCUCAAAGACUACCUGAUCUCGCUCGGCGUCGUCCGCGACGCCUUGGACUACAUAGUGAGACACGCGCCGUGCGUGAAACCGACGCUGGUCUGCACCGACUCGGACGAGCUGAAGGAGUUCAUAAGUCGUCCGGCUCUGAAGUUCAUCCUGCGGUUCCUCACGGGCCUGGCCUCCGACCACGAACCGACUCAGAUGCUGGUGUGCGAGAAGGCGAUCCCGAUAGUGCAUCGGCUCGAGCAGGUGUCCUCCGGGGAACACGUGGGCUCCCUGGCCGAAAACCUUCUUGAGGCGCUCCGGUCGCAGCCGCAGUGCGCCGACAGGGUGCGGCAAGUGCGGGAGUUCACCAGACAGGAGAAGAAGCGCCUCGCCAUGGCGGUCCGCGAGCGGCAGCUGGGGGCGCUGGGCAUGCGCAGCAACGAGCGAGGGCAGGUGACGGCGCAGUGCUCGCUCACGCAGCAGGUGGCCGACCUGGCCGAGGAGGCCGGCGCCGUGUGCUGCAUUUGCCGCGAGGGAUACAAGUACCAGCCCACGAAGGUGCUGGGCGUCUACACCUACACGAAGCGCUGCCCCGUGGAGGAGGCGGAGGCGCGCGCGCGCAAGACCCUCGGGUUCACGACGGUCUCGCACUAUAACAUCGUCCACGUCGAGUGCCACAUGGCUGCCGUGAGGCUGCAGCGGGCCAGGGACGAAUGGGAGAGCGCCGCUCUGCAGAACGCCAGCACUCGCUGCAACGGCCUGCUGCCGCUGUGGGGACCCAACGUGCCCGAGUCGGCCUUCGCCAGCUGCCUCGCCCGACACACCACCUACCUGCAGGAGUGCACGGGCCACCGCGACAUCGGCUACCAGUGCACGGUGCACGACCUGAAGCUGCUCGCGUGGCGCUUCGCUCGCGGUCGCACGUUCCACGACGACACCGGUGGCGGAGGUCCGCUCUCCAACAUGCAGCUGCUGCCGGCGCUGCUGCACAUGGCGCUCUAUGUCAUGAACACCACCCGCAUGGCGGCUCGCGAGGCCAACGCCGUGGACGAGUUCCUGUCCUGGACGCCGGUCAAGCGCCUCGAGUCGGCCCACGAGGCGGAGGGCGCCCUCUACUACGCGACGCUCGCGCUCCUGGUCUGCCCGCCCGCCGAGUGGAGGCGCAACCGCGUGGAGGUGCUGCGGCGGCUGCUGAUCACGGGGCAGGCGCGGAGCGUAUCGGGCGGCGUGCAGCUGCACGCGCUGACGCCCGAGUGGCGCGUCCCGAGGCCCUGGGCCGACCUCAAGGCCUUCGCCGUGUUCGCCGCCCUCGUCGACCAGCUCUACGGGGUCAUGUUCAAGAACGUGUCGGCGGCCACCGCGGAGCAGUGGCCCGUGAAGCUGGCGGAGUACAUCCGAGUGAGCGACGAGGCGAACGCGAAGGCCGCCGAGCGCAUCGUGGCGACGCUCACCGAGGAGCUGCUGCCCUGCACUUCCUUCGCCGAGUUCUGUGACGCGGCCGGCCUCCUCGAGGACGUCCCCGACCCGGACGCGUUCCUGUCGACUCUCUUCGACGAGCUCUGAGAGUGAGGCCGAGACCUAAAUUGUCCGCGUGUUUAUAUUGUUUUCUGUUUUUUCAUAAUAUAAUGUUUACCUUCC